AUGUCGUCAUCGACGCCGGCACCCGCCGUCGACACGCCGGAUGAACCCCAGAGCGACGGCUCCAAGCUGCGCACCUUUCUCGGCAUCCUCAAGAGGUUCAUCGGCGUCUCGGAUCUCGCAUCAGUUAGAUUCUCGCUCCCGUCGCAGCUGCUCGAACCCACCCCGAACCUGGAAUACUGGACCUACCUCGAUGCCCCCAAUGCCUUCAUCGCCAUCGGCACCUCUGACGAACCCCUCGACCGCAUGCUCGAGGUCGUCCGCUUCUGGCUGACCAAGGACCUCAAGUACGCCAAGGGCAAGCCCUGCAAGCCCUACAACUCGUGCCUGGGCGAGUUCUUUAGAUGUAACUGGGAGACGGAAGACAACGCCCCCGUGAUCAACACUUCCGAGCUCCAAGCCAAUGGAACCCCCAAGGGAGGACUCGCAAGCUUAAAGGUCGCAGCCAAGGCCGAGAAGAAUGCCUCCUCGGUCUCGCUGUCUGUACCUCAGCAUGGCACCCCCAAGGACAACCGCACCAUCCGCGUCUCUUACCUCACCGAGCAGACCUCCCACCACCCUCCUGUGAGCGCCUUCCAUGUCACCUGUCCCGAAAAGGGCAUCUCUGCCCGGGGCUUCGAUCAAAUCUCGGCCAAGUUCACCGGCACCUCGGUCAAGGUCCUGCCCGGCGAGCACAACAUGGGCAUCUUCAUCACCCUCGACAAGCGCGACGGUGAGACCUACCAGCUUACCCACCCGGCGGCGCACCUUGGCGGACUCCUGCGCGGAUCUCUGAGCGUCUCGGUUAGCGAGAUGGCAUACAUCACCUGCCCCAAGACCAAGAUCAAGGUGAUCCUGCAUUAUGUUGAGGAGGGUUGGCUGGGCCGGACCACCAACAAGAUUGACGGUGUCAUCUUUAAGUACGACCCGGAAAACGACACCAAGACUCGAGUGCAGGACGUUCCCGACGAGGAUGUCCUCGCGAGGUUGAAUGGCCCCUGGCGAGAGAAGGUCAUGUUUACUCUUGGCCCCAGGCCUAUUAAAACUGUCCCUAUCGAAGAGCAGUACACCAUUAUCGAUAUCGAGCCUCUCAACGUUGCCCCCAAGGUCCUCCCGCCCAGGGAAUCGCAGCUCCCCAACGAGUCGCUCAAACUCUGGGGCGGCGUGACCGACGCCAUCCUCUCCAAACAAUUCAGCAAGGCCACCCAGGUCAAGGUCGAGCUCGAGGAGGCCCAGCGCGAAAAGGCCCGCCAGCGCGAGGCCGACAAGGCCCCCUUCCAACCCGUCUUCUUCAAGCACGUCACCGGCAACGGCGGCAAGCCCGAUCUCACCGAAAAGGGUCGCCAGGUCCUCGAGAGAGCCCAGAGGGGCGAGUGGUCCCUCGAGGACAUCGCCGAGGACGAGGCUCCCAAUAAACAAUAA